GCUGUUAUACCAUAAUGUUGCGUUCAUACUUUUGUGAUUAUAAUGUGAUGCCCCUGAAUUACAACACUUGGAUGUCUCCACAGUAUUCGGAGAGAUUUCAACGAGUGGAUGAUGGAGAGACAACGCUUGGAAUAACAAGGGAUAAGCGACCAAUGCUUAUAGUGUUGCAUUUCUUUGCCGAAAAUGUCUCUUAUCUACAGCAAUGGCUUGAUAUGGUUUAUAAGCUGUCAGCCAAGGAAUUGUAUGGCGAGAAAAUUGCAUUUUUUGUUGAUGAUCUUUGGUCAACGCAUGUCUUUGGCUGGGACGGAUAUGUUUGUAGGUCCGAAAAUUAUCCCAUGGAAUCACCUCCACUGAUCUACGGAAAAGACGCAGCGGGAAAAGUGCAUUUCUUUGGCAGCGACAAAGGACCGAAGACGCCUUCCCUGGAAAGCCUUGGGGAGUUUUGUAAGCAGUUGCUUGAAGGAUCAUUGAUUGCGCCAAUAGAAUAUAAAGAUAAAAUCCCAGUGCUGGAUAUAGAUUUGAUUAAUUUCAAUGAAAUUGUCUAUGGGCAAGAUGAAAUGGAUAUUCUAAUAUGCUUAUACAGCUCACAGAAACUGGGAGCACCAGAUACGGACAAAUUUCUUAGAGAUUUGGAGAGUUUAGCUGGAAAAUUGCAAAAGGAACACGUACAGAUUUGGAAAAUGAAUGUACAGAAUGAAAGUCCACCCAAGAAAUUUCAAAUAGAAUCCACUCCAGCUGUAUUUAUGUUGCCUCGCACACAAAAACAUAAUCCCAUUCGUUGUUUUGAUCCAAGCCGUGGAAUUUACACAUUAAUUAAAUUCGUUGCUGAACAUUCCAGUGAAGAACUUCUUUAUUAUGAUCGUCGUGGCUUUCCAAAAGUGCAUGGACAUUUAUUACAUCACAUUACAUACAGUUUUAAUGAAAUUAACAAAUAAAAGAAAAAUCAAAUGAAAAGAUCUUAACUAUUCUUUUAAGUAACUUCACUUUCUACUGCUUAAAAAAGCUUUCCUCAAGUUAUUCUGCAUGUCAAAGUGUGACCAUAAAGGCCAAAAAUCUUCGAUUUAAAGUCUAUGGGACUUACCACAUGAUUAGAUUUCCAUAUAAAAAAAAACAACAAAAAAAGCAUCGAUAAAUAACGAGUUGUAUGUCGAAAAAUGAACGGUCUCGAUAUUCACAAAACAAAUUCAAAACAAAGAUCUUCGAUAAAUACAUUCAAAAAUUAAUCGCUCUCUGUGUUUUUAAAUUGAAAGUAUGAAAUAAAAGCAAAAUAAAGACGAAUAUUAAGUUUGCAGAAUGCCGAAAUAAA